CAAAGGUGACAGGAGAUAAUCAUCAUGGCAUCAGCAAGUCUGCAGUUCUUUGCUUUUAUUCUGGCUUUGUUCGGUGUUUUUGGAGAUAUCACAGCCACCUUGCUACCAAACUGGAAGGUAAAUGCAGAUGUUGGUCCAAAUAUCAUAACAGCUAUAACACAGAUGCAAGGACUUUGGAUGGACUGCACAUGGUACAGCACUGGGAUGUUUAGCUGUACCCUGAAAUACUCCGUUCUGUCACUCCCCAUCUAUAUCCAGGCUGCACGGACCACCAUGGUACUGUCUUGUAUCCUAUCAGCCUUUGGGAUCUGCAUCACUACAGUUGGAAUGAAAUGCACAAAGUUGGGAGGGGACUCUGACAGUAAAAGUCAUGCUUGUUUUGCUGGAGGAGUCUGCUUCAUUCUUGCAGGAAUCUUUGGAUUAGUACCAACAUCCUGGUACACAAGAGAAAUUAUUUCAAGUUUUCUGGACGAGAACAUUCCAGAGAGCAGUAAACAUGAACCAGGAGGAGCAGUUUAUGCAGGAUUCAUUUCAGCUGGGUUUCUGCUUAUUGCUGGUGUGAUCUUCUGCACCUCCUGUUUCAAAAAGCAGCCAGGAGCAUGGAUUUGCCCUCCAAAGCAGCACCAUUUCCCAGCCACAGAGCAAGAGAGCUACGCAGGUUACAACCUGAAGGACUAUGUGUAAAUAUAGUUAUUUCUAUCCAUUGAGGCGGUUUUGUUUGGUUUUGUGCUAAGUGUAAUUUGAUUAUUUCAAAGAAUGUAUAACAUAGCACUUAAAUUUUCUUACACCUGUGUUGCAAUUAUAUUUAAGCAAAGUAUUUAAAUUUAUAGUGGCAUCCACCAGAAGAAUUGAGUAGGAAAAUAUGCUUAUGUCUGGUACAAGAGUACUUUUUUGUUGAUUUUCAAAUAAUUGCUUCUCACUUUCCAAGGAACAUUUAUUGAAGAAAAAGGAACUUCUUUACAACAUAACUGGCAGUACAAGUAAGGUCCUGAUGGCUUGUUACAGCAAAGAAAACUAUUUUCUACUUAGCAAAUCAGGCUAUCAAAAACAUAAAAUGUUUCAUAACAUAUUUAUAAUUUUUAUCUUUAAUUAUGAUAUAAGAUUAAAAACCCCACCAUGUCUGUCCAAGCUGUCCAAUUCAAUGGUUUUUAAGAGAUGCAUCUGCCUUUCAUUUCAUUUCCCAUUUGCCUUGGCAACUAGAUUCCUUUAAGCCCUCCCCUCUGCCCCCCCAAAACCAACCAACAAAAAUCCCACAAUGAAAGCCCACAGCCCCAAACCUUAGCUGUAUUGUAUAUUCUGCAUAACAGGCUGAAGAAUCAGCA